UCCCGGAGACUUGGGAUGUCUGCAUUACAUAGUUUGGGGCUCUGAAAACUGUCCGGCUUACCGUAGGUUCUACUGCUGCAGCAGCAGCCGCACUGACAUGCUCACUGCUCGGUUCGCCGUCGCCUCCACUACAACCACCACCACCAUCAUAUUUUACAUCAGACACUGGAGCAGAUGAAGGGCCUGCUGUUGGAAACAUGUCAGUCAGUUUGACACAUUUCGCAGCGUCCGUUUGAAGAACUAAUUUCUUUUUUUCGCGCAGUUUCUCUGCGCCUCCCUUGCGUUGAUCCAUUACUACUGUGAACCCCGCCGCACAAAGUUACAAUGGAGAGUUAAGGUGUUUUUCUACCUUAUGAUUGGCCUAGCCCUUUAGACUGUCAGGGAUGAUAACCAAUGGGCUGCAGUAGCCUGUGGUAAGGGCCGGAUGAUCGGAACAAUGCCCGGUACGCCCAAUUACCAGUCCAUGCCUGCCUCCAACCACAUUUAAGUCAGCAGUAUGGCAGUAUUUUGGCUACCCGGUUGAAACUAAGGAUGGAAAUCGUGUUGUUGACAAGAAGCACACCAUUUGCCAUAAGUGUUUUAGAAAGAUUCCUCAAGUGACGGGCAACACAACAAAUAUGCAAACGCACAUCAGACGGAACCAUCCUGAAAUUAACUUAAGUGGAGCCAAGAAACGCCAACAAGACUACUCUGACAAAUUUGUUUCAAACAAAGUUUCCACCAAAUUUGGACCGUGCACAGAAGAUAACCAGGGCAAUUUGAACGUUUAUAGCUCUGGAUAUGCGGCCCUUUUCGGUGGCCGAGAAUGAGGGAUUCAGAAUUUUACUUCAUGUGCUCGAGCCUCAUUAUGAAGCGCCUAGUCGGGCACAUUUCUCUCAGAAUGUGCUUCAAAAACAAACAACGUUUGACAGCCAUACAAGUGACAAUUUAUCUGAAAUCCUGAAAGGCGCUGUGGCAGAAUGGAGAAUCAGCAGACCAUACGCCCCCGUUCCCGUAACAACUGACAACGCAAGGAACAUUGCAAAUGCGGUCAUAGCAGCCAGACUCUCCCCGCAUAUUCGAUGCUGCGCCCGCACCAUAAAUCUGGCAGCGCAGAAAGGAAUGGGAGUUAACCAGAUGUCACGACUCCUUGAUAGAGUCAGGAAAAUAGUAACAUUUUUCCACCGGAGCGCAGCAGCUGCAGCUGUAUUGAAGGAUAAGCAGAAAAUGCUGCAGCUGCCCUCACACAAGCUUGUCCAGGAUGUGGCUACAAGAUGGAACCAGAGCCAUGAUAUGCUUGAGCGCUACCUAGAGCAGCAGGCUGUUUUCUCAGCACUCACAGACAAGAGUGUGAAGAAAAACAUAAAAGACAUUGUCACUUUGUCUGAUAUUGAUGUUAAACUUGGCGGGGAUGUGGUCCAGCUGCUGAAACCCCUCAAAACAGUCACUCUCCUCAUGAGCACUGAUCAGAUGCCAACAAUUUCAAUGGUCAUGCCAUUGAAACACAGAAUCCUGGCCUCCAUGAAGCACAGCAGCUCUGAGUCAGAAACAGUUAAAGAAACUAAAUCUGCCAUUGCCACUGAUUUUGAAGAUCCCUACUCUGAUGCUGAUCGGGCUCUGAUCGAGUUUCUCCAUGUAAGCACUGCACUUGACCCCCGGUUCAAAUCCCUACCGUUUCUGGAUGAGGCCACCAAUGCCGCAGUUUUCAGGAGUCUGACUGAGGGGAUUCUGGAUAACUGUUCACAUCCUGUUCAGGCCCAGACUUCCAGGGAGGAGACAGAUAAGGAGAUUGCCUCCAGCAGCAGUGCCAGUGAUGGUCCUCCUCGAGCCAAAAAAGCACAGAUCGCGGAACUAUUUAGAGACCUAUUUCCAACAACAUCAUCAUCCAAGCCUUUUCCUCAGGUGGUGGAAGAAGAGGUACAACACUACAAAUCUGUGCAGAGCCUCCCAGUGGAGUCUAAUCCACUUGUGUGAUGGAAGGAGAAUGAACAACAGUUUUCCCACUUAGCCAAGUUGGCCAAACGUUUUCUGGGGAUCCCAGCCACAUCUGUUCCCAGUAAGAUGGUGUUUUCCUCUGUACGGGACUUUGUAACAGCACAGAGUGAAAGACACCAAAGUGGACAUUAUGCUGUUGUUCCUAAAAAAAAAUAAUAUUUAUAUAGCUUUAAAUAAACCAAACAGGUUUGAUGAAGCUGUGUUUAUUUACUUUAAGUUUUAAGUUCUUUUGGAGGGCAAAGAACACAGAGUACAACCUCUGUCUUUUUUUUUUUGCCUGAAACAGUAUCAGACGGGGAAUUA